GAUGUUAUGAUUCAGAGGAAGGGUGAGAACCCACCCGUUUACUCUCUUAUCUUGACUUCCAUGAGCGCGAAGUUCUACCUCGGCACCCUGUGUUUGUCCAGCUCAACAUCGACUAUGCUCAUCGAUUCGGAUGAGAUACCUGCGAUGCAGUCUUUCAGGGCGUCCAUCAGCUGUGUUGCCGUCGACGGUACUAGCGAGCCAAUUACCGAGGAUGUAGCCUGUGUUGGCACCCUAAGUGAGCUUUUGGACAAGGUGCGUGGCGACAAGACUAAAAAGAAGGCCUGCUUAUGCAGAUUUGGAUUCAGAAGAAACAGUUGAUAGUGACCCACAUC